GUACCUCUCUCUCACAAAGAAAACGAAGAAGGGUUUCUCGAAGGCAAACGAACGGCGCAUUGGAAAACGAAGAAGGGUUUCUUGCAGUUCUUGAAGGAACGGCGACGCAUUGGAAAACGAAGAAGGAAAAUGAAGAAGGAAAACGAAGAAGGGUUUCUCGAAGUUUCCCCUGUCUGAGUUCAUACUUCAUCACGAAAAGUUUCUUGAAGCUCUUCUUCUCAGUCUAAUUUCCUCCGUCUAAUUUCCAAUUGUUGGCUGGCCCUUCUUUCAUUGCAUUAAUACACGAGAAAUUUUGUAGAUUUCUGUGUAAGUUGAAAUGACAGGAGAAGGGUCAAAGAAGAAAGAACCAAUGAACAAGAAACCAGUUGUUGAUAGGUUUUGUCGGACACGACAUAUGCCACCUGGGGCUCUAGCUGUAAACACAUCUCGUUUUAAGCAUGACACAAGGAACAAAAGCACUACUUCUAGAAAGCGUCAAACAACGCAAGCACCACCACCGCCUCAAACAACCACAACACAUCCACCGCCUCAAACAACCACAGUAACACCACCGCCUCAUACAACCACAGCACCACCACCGCCUCAUUUAAAUGCAGCACCUCCAGCGCCUCGGACAACCGAAGUAGCGUCGCCGCCUCAAACAGCCGAAGCAGCACCACAAACUAUUGAGGAAUGCACAUUUGUUCCUACCCCAGGAGUGACACAACAUGUCUUGCAAGGUCCAGCUGUCCGUCAAACCACGGUAGCAGUGGAGGAUGAGGGGAGGGACCAAACAUUUUCUGGUGGGGAAGAGGAGGCCGCAGAACAAGCAUCUUAUGAUGGGCAAAGGCCGAUGAUUAGCAUUGGCCCGGGCGAUGGGUUAACUCCAAGCGGUGUUGUUGCUGAAGUUAUUAGAAAAGUUUUUAUAAAACUUUAUCGUGGAAAAUUCUUGCGGUAUAGUGAGCUUAAAGUAUACAAUAGAAGACAUGAGAGAGAGGCAUACUUUAACCUUUUUAAAUCUCUUGUUCAGUGGGAGUCGUGUGAUGAAAGAAAAAUGAAAAGUUUGUUUCAUAGAGCUUGUGGUAAAAGAAUAGCUGAUAUGUUUGGUAAGAUUAGGAAAAAGGGGACAAAGCCGGACUGGAUGGGUGAAAAGGUUUAUGCGUAUCUUCUUGACGGGUGGAAAAGCGAUGAAUUUAAAAAGACCUCUCAACAAAAUAAGACUAAUCGAGCAUCAACCAGAGGUGGGGCGGUCCAUACUACAGGACGUAAAGCUCAUCACGAUGUUGCUAAAGAAAUGGAGAAGAAGUUAGGCCGACCACCAAAUCCUGAUGAGCUAUUCAUGGCCACUCACAAAAAGAGGAAUGGGCAGUGGGUUGACCGUCGUGCAGAAAAAACACAUGAAGAUUAUGUGAAUCGUUUGACACAAGCCACACAAAAUGAUAAUAAUGUGGAUGGAUCAGAAAAGAUACAAUUAUGGAAAGAAGCUGCCGGCGGUAAGUCACGAGGCCGGUGUUAUGGAACUGGCCUAAUGGCGGUUAAUGUACAAUAUGGAGUGUCUUGCUUGACAGAAGUGACAGUUUCAAAACCGAAUAGAGAAGUGGAUAGCCAAGCCAUCGAGGCGGCUAAAGCUGAGGCUUGUAAAGCACGUGAAGAGGCUGCAUUAGCUAACGCACGUGCAGACAAAGCUAUAGCCGAGACAGCAGAUUUGAAAAGGCAAUUUGAAGAAUUUCAGAAACAGCUGUGGGCUUUGCAAUCGAGUCAGACAGGUCCUUCUCAUGGCCAUUACGAUGAUGAUAAUGAUUCAUUGGAUCUAGAGGAAAUGAGUGAUGGAUGUUGACUCAUAUACAUUGUCGUUUUCUUAGUUUUAUAACUUGUUCAACUUAUUGUGGAUUUUAACAAGUUUGAUAUUUUGUGUUGGUAUUUUGAUGUAACUAUUUAUGUAUCAAUACUGUGGAUUGAUGGGCACAAGUUAAGUGUAUUGUGUCAAUAUUUUGAUGUAUUGUGUCAAUACUGUGGAUGGGCACAAGUUUGGUGUAUUGUGUUAAUAUUUUGAUGUAUAACUUUGACAUCUAAAUUAAUGUAGCAACUUUGUUA